CAAUCGUUAGGUCCUAAUCAUGUUUAUGUUGCUGGGUCUUUAAACAAUCUUGGUAAUGUGUAUUUUAAAACUGGAAACUACGACAAAGCUAUAGAGCUUUAUGAAAAAGCUCUGGAAAUUCGAAAACAAUCGUUAGGUCUAAAUCAUGUUGAUGUCGCUACGUCUUUAUACAAUCUUGGUUUAGUGUUUAACAAAACUGAAAACUACGAUAAAGCUAUACAGUAUUAUGAAAAAGCUCUGGAAAUUCAAAAACAAUCGUUAGGUCCAAAUCAUGUUCAUGUCGCUACCUCUUUAAACAAUCUUGGUAGUGUGUAUUAUAUAACUGGAAACUACGACAAAGCUAUAGAGUUUAACGAAAAAGCUCUGGAAAUUCAUAAACAAUCGUUAGGUCCUAAUCAUGUUGAUGUCGCUACGUCUUUAAACAAUCUUGGUAAUGUGUUUAAAAAAACUGGAAACUACGACAAAGCUAUAGAGUUUUACGAAAAGUGUGUUGUAUUAUGA